AUGAUGAUUGCGACGUUUAAUCCUCAAUGGGGUGAAAAGUUCACCUUACAACUUCAUUGCCCACAAGUAGCGUUAGUACGUUUCUGCGUCAAAGAUUUUGAUUCGACGUCAGCAAAUGAUUUUGUUGGAGAGUUUACACUACCAGUGAUGAGUAUACGUCCAGGUUAUUCACAUAUCCGAUUAAAUACGGGUUAUGGGCACGUUACUGAUGAGUCUGCUUCAAUAUUCGCCAGAAUUGGUAUUGAGUGGACAUAA